CCCCUGUGCUUCCCUCUUCCAUAAUGGAUGAGUAUGAUUCGCUCACUGAAGCAGUCUUCCUCGUCCUACCAAAGACCAGUGGUACUAGUAAGGCUAAGGGCAAGGGCAAAGAUCGGUCUUCGGAAACCAAUGAUCACUUCAAAUUGGAUGGUUUUCAACAGCUGCAGGACGUGAACGAGCCGUGGGAAGCAACGGAGCUUCGGCACGCCCUAUUCAAUAAAACAUGGGACGAGAUAUCUUCCAGGAUCGAGAAUGUCAUGCUGAACAUGAACACGAUAGUUUUGUCUGCUAUCUACCACUUUGUUGACAGCGCAUAUACCCAAACAGCAAUAAGAGCUAUCAUGCCGAUCCAGGAGUUGCCUGCAGGACUGAUCUUUGCAGGAAUCAACGUGCCGGACCACGACUUGCUAUUCCAACAAAUCGCCCGGAUACUUUCUUCACCCACGCCACCCACUAAUGAAUCAGCACCUGCUGUUGCAAUAAAAGAACAAUCCAACAACCAUGUCGUCAUUUUGCAGUCGAAGGACUGCGUCAACUUGAAGGCUGCGCUCAAGUCCAUGAUUGAACAGUUCCUAGGACUCGGCAUCGCAGGAGCGGUGAACCCACUAGAGGGCGGCAUGAGGCUUCAAAACCACGACAUGAUUGUGCUCGAGCGGUGGUACCGAUCCGUUUGCGAUCUCCGCGAGGAACAUGAGAAAAGACCAACGCUGGUACUCAUCAUCCAAGACUUUGAGAGUUUUGACCAGGAUACGCUCCAGGACUUUAUCACCAUCUGUAGCAACUACCAGGAUCGGAUUCCAUUCGUUUUUAUUAUGGGGCUCGCUACUUCUAUCGACGCACUGCAUCAGGGCUUGCCCAAGUCCGUGCUAAGUCUGCUGCAGACCAGGAAGUUCCAGAUGCAGCAGUCGUCGGAAUGUCUAACAGCGAUUAUUGAGGAUUUGUUUAUCCAUGCAAAUGCUGGGCUUAUGGUUGGACCGUUGCCACUCAAGCAGUUGAUCGACCAGUUCAUGCAUUACAAUUUCUCAGUCGGCGGUUUUGUUGCCAACCUCAAGUACGUCGUUAUGCACCAUUUCUACGCAAAUCCUUUGAGCAUUCUUUGCGAUCGAUCGCUUUCUGCGGACAGCAAAGUUCUAAAUCUAUUGGGCAAGGGACACUUUGAUCACAUCCGGAUGCUGCCCUCGUUCCAAAGAUACGUCGAAUCCAAAGUGAAGAGUGAUCCUCAGGCUGCAGAAAUGCUGUUGCUGGACGAUGGAUUUCUGACACUCCACGUCCCAGACCUGGUCCAGGGCCUGCAGGAGUAUCAUAGGAGCUUUUCUCUUGUCUUUGAUUUCCUAUGGUUCCUUCAGUCGCGGUUCUCGCUCUCUGUGCUCAAGAAAUCGAAGAGAGCGCUGUAUUUCAUGGCACUGGAGGGCGCACUGACAGAGUCGAGCAAUAUUACCUUGCUGCUCAGUCUUGUUAGGAAGAUGAACUCGAACGACAUGAUGCUGUUUAUGGAGGACUGCGUACAGUUUUUCAAGAACUCACCUCGUUGUAGUCCCAAAAAUUCUUUACAACAGGAGAACACCAUGGACCGGGAGCUGGUCAUUCUUCAGAGUAUCCGUGAUCGUAUGGCCGCAUUGCUGGACGUUGUCAGCGAGGACUCUGUUACGAGCAGCAGUGAAGUUGAGGAUAAUGACGAACAGCAACAGGAGCAAGGGGGACGGAUGGGAUCCAUAGCAACCGAUAGAAGUACAUCGACGUUUGUUAAGAAGCGGAAACUGUUCAGUGUAAAGGCAGAAGAGACGGAGAGUCGGCAAACACGGAUUGCAAAGAAGACGAGAGAGACUGCAAGGUUACCGAAAGGCGCGCUGGGAGCGUACACGGUACUGGUGACGGAGAUUGACGACUUUAUCGCACGAUUGUUCAGGACGUACUUGGCAUGCCACAGCAGCAUUCCUCUUAACGAAAUAUUUUAUUAUUCACAAGUGGCCAUUCAGCAAAAGGCGUUUCUACCACAACCACGCGCAUCGAUCCAAACAGCUCUCGGCCAACCGGAACUAUAUCUUAACUGUGAUUGCUGCCAUCCGCCCGCUGGCUCUGCUCGCUCGUCCAAUCUGGCAGACAUGGUCCUUCCGACUCAACACGACACCUGUAUCCUUUACAAACUGUACGUCGAGUGCGGGCGGAUGAUCAACAUGUACGACUGGUUCACGGCGUUCGGCAUGAUCCUCGAGCGAGAUAUAGGAUCCAACCAGACUGGGAACGCGGGCGGUGACGCUGAGGACGAGAGCUCAUCGAAGAAAAAACGAGGAAGGGGGAAAUCAAAGGUCGAUCGCGCGGCCAAGGCGAGCCAUGAAAAGAACAUCGAGUUGGAUCAGAAGGAGGUGCAGGCGCGGUUUAUUAGCGGUGUGGCCGAGUUGCAGUUCAUGGGAUUCAUCAAGCCGACAAAUCGAAAGACGGAUCAUGUACAACGCUUGACCUGGGGAAAUAUCUAGCUGCGACGUCUUGCGCCCACAUCGACAUAAAGUAAAAAGAAGGGCAACCUUCGAAUUUUUCAUCGCU